UCCCAUCUUCUCUCUAUCUCUUACGGUCUCAUCUGGGGCGGACACUGAGAAGGCAAGAACAGACGUGAGUUUUCUUUGCCGCAGGAGCAGAGACUCCCCUAGUUUGUCCGGUCGGAAAUUCUCUGCGGGCGCACUCAUGUGGAAGUGGGCCGUGAUUGGCUGGACCCUGCUGGGCCUGUGUGUGGCAGCUCCGCCCCAGCACAUCAAUCGCUUGGCGCUGUUCCCCGACAAGAGUGCUUGGUGUGAGGCCAAGAACAUCACUCAGAUCAUCGGGCACACUGGCUGCCAGCCCCAGUCUAUACAGAACAGGGCAUGUCUGGGGCAGUGCUUCAGCUACAGCGUUCCCAACACGUUCCCGCAGUCCACCGAGUCUCUGGUGCACUGCGACUCCUGCAUGCCUGCGCAGAUGCAGUGGGAGGUGGUGACCCUGGAGUGCCCCGGAAGCGCGGAGGUGCCCCGCGUGGACAAGCUGGUGGAGCGCAUUCUGCACUGCAGCUGCCAGUCCUGCAGCAAGGAGGCGGGCCAGGAGGGGGCGCUGCUGCAGCUCUUUCCCUCCGAGGCCACGGCAGAGCCCCCUCCCAGGAGCGACGGCGGCGGCGGCGGCGGCGGCGGCGGCGGCUCCCGCUCCCGCUCUCAUUCCUAUGCGCACGCACACGCACAGCGAGCUCAUGCACACUCAGCCUCACACCCACACGCACACGCACACAUGCCUGCAGGGGGGUAGUGGGAGCUGGAAGGGGGCACAGCGUUUCCGUGUAUCCUGAUCCUCUUUUCCUACGCUCUGUCAAACAACACCCUCUUGUAUCACCUUGCACAGUGUCAAUCCGUUUCUUCUGGGCUCGAUAUGACACACCACAACAAAAGCACCUUAUGUAGUGUAUAUCAAUGCUUGAAAAGCAAACCCAAAUACCAGCACGUCGAUGGAGGCUCGUAGAUAGCCACUCACACAUACAAUAAAUAUCCAUGCUUUUAAAGACAGUGGAUAAAAUGAAAAUGGAGAUGUUAUCACACACACACACACACGCACAA